GGAAGUGGGUUUCCGUCUCCAAAAAGUCCACCCGCGUUACAUUUGACACAAAGACAGAAAAUGCCAGAGAGAGGACAAUACCAGUCGAGGGGAGAUGCAGAGCGCACGAGCAGAGGCCGGGAUCCAUACUACGAAGAAAACGCAAGGUUUGAGAACAAAAACCAAAAGCCCAGACAUGAGGGCCGGAGUCGACAAGAUGUACAACAUGAAGUGCCUACUGGUGGGAGACAAGCCAGACAGAAGGACACGACUCUCCCUCCUCCUGAAGACAUACCUACUUACAGAGACCACCAUCAUCAAGAGCUCUCAAGACCAUCCAGAGAGACGUCAGUAUAUCACCCACAAGAGGAGUAUUAUGAUCAACCCCACAAACGAGAACUUUAUAAUCUCAGAUACAUCUUAACCAGCAGAGGUCUUUGCCAGAUUAUGGAGAUCUUUGUGAAUCUUCUUAUAGUCAUCUGUGCUGGAGUGCCAUACAGCAACGAAGGCGGUUAUCGUGACCUUGCCAGUCUCGGUGGAAUCUACCAUUACUACUUCGGUGGAGCAAAUGCGUUCACUGGAGCAGAUGCAGACCGGGUGAAAGAGCUGGACCACCUGUUCCACCAGCUCAAGCGUCCUCCGUAUAUCUUUACCAUGGCUUGUGGAGGUGUUUUAAUGUGCUACGCCUGUGUGAUGCUGGCCCUAGGGGUUUUCAGAGUCCCUUACCGCUGCCCCCCUGUGUUGCUUGGUGAGGCAUUGGUGAACUUCCUGAUCAGUUUGGGCUACAUCCCUGCAUUGGCCUUCUACUUCAUAAAGCUGAAGGGAACUUAUGACAACUCCAUCUGCAAGGAGCGAGAGCAGCUCUACAAGAGCAAAGGGCACCAGGGCUUUGAGUGCCAGUACCAUGGUGCAGACAUAGCCGGAGGUCUCUUUGGAGUUCUGGGGGUCUUUGUUUUUAUGUUUGGUGCAGUGUUAGCUGUCAGAGCUUUUAGGUCAGUGAGUGAGUUCAAGAGGCAAAGGGCAAAUGAGGACAGUCACUUUUAACUGGACAUCUGUCACAUUUACUACUAGACCAUCAUAUGAGAGGUGAUGGUCUCAUCACCCCUCAAGCAGCAGGCUUGAGACCAGUCUGACCGGACAAUCACUACAGACCCUUGCACAAGGUCCUUAGUCCCCAAGUUGCUCCCGGUGUGUAGUGAGCACCUUACAUGGCAGCACCCUGACAUCGAUGUGUGUGUUUCAAGCGCCACCAGGUUAGAUAGGGAGCGUCAGUGCACAGGGAUUUCCAGAUCUCUGCGGAGAGGUUAAGAGCGCUCUGGAGCAGGUUUUCAUCCAGGAUGUCUCUGUACAUUGCUGCACUCAUCUUUCCCUCAAUCCUGAUUAGUCUCCCAGUUCCUGCCACUGAAAAACAUCCCCACAGCAUGAUGC